AUGAUGUACGAGUGUUUCAACACUGUCAGUCUGAGCAGCAUUUGGGCGCCAGACGACCCGCAACCCGACGAGGCGACGAGGGAGCCCCAGGCAAUCGCCGUGGCCCACGAGCAGCUCGAGAUGCGCAUAGCGGCGAAUUUAGAGGUGCCGUCGAGCCUCGACCAAGAGGCGGCGCGGUGCAUGGCGGUGCGGCUCCCAGAGACGGAUCAGCGCGUGUCCAUACGGAGCGGCCUGGCGCAGGCUUCCGCCCGCCCGCGGGAGGCCAACGCGCAGCCUCAGUCCCGCUCGUUCGGGGUCGAGGCGUCGGCCGCGGGCUGCAAUUUUCAUAUUUUCAAGUUCGGGCCCGAGAGGGGAGGCGAGUCGCGUUUCCACCCUGCGACGGCCCCCGUUCUCACGGCGAUCGCGAUAGGGCAGCCGGGCACGGGGCCGCUCGGCGCAGGGGGCCAGCAAGAGGUGCCGGAGCAGCCGCCGGCUCCGCGGGCGGCAGACCUGGAGAGGUGGGCCCGGGGGCCCCUCUUCUCCGAGAGGGGCAGCCUCCACCACGCGACGGUCCGCAGCCACAGGGGCACAUACGACCUGACCAUCGCCCCGCUCCGAGGCGGGCAGCCCCUCGCCGAGGGCUGGGAGAGCGGCCGCACCGCCGAGCUGUGCAGGCAGUUCCGGGACACGGCAGGCGAGGUCGGCAACUUCCUCGACGUCGGCGCGAGCAUCGGCACCGUCACCAUCCCGAUGGCGGACUGCCUCAGGUUCCGCGGAGGCAGGGUGAUCGCCGUGGAGGGAUCGCCGCCCGUCGCCGACCACCUCGCGGUGGGCAUCCUGGCGAACAAUCUCCAGAAUGUGGACAUGUACAUGUACGCCGUGGGCGCGCCCGACGACCGGGGGGUGGUCACGACCGGCGACCGCAUGCUCGCGUCCAACCCGGCGAUGAAGGCCAUCUUGGCAGCCAAGGUUGGCAUCGAGGGCCACGAGGGCCAUUUCCUCAAGAAUUCUCAGCGCCUCUUCUCCACAUACCCCCCUUGCAUCAUGACCAUCGAGCUGGUCCCGGAGCGGCUGGAGCGCGCGGGCACCCCAGUUGAGGGGGUCCUCGACAUGUUAGCCAGCUGGGGCUACAGCGACGUCCCUACUGCCGCCAACCUCGGGGCCUCGAGCGCCAAGGGCGGGACCAUGACCCUCACGCAGAAGGACCUCCCGGCGUGCCUGGAGCGCGUCAGGGCACGCGCCGCGGAGAGCAGCGUGCGGUCCGGGGCCAACUUCUCGGACCCCGGCGCCCUGAGCGCCGCGCUGGCCCGCGAGGCCCGGGCGAGGGAGCUGAUCGCCAUGCUCCGGCAGGAGCAGCCUCGGAGGCCAGCUGGCGCCGUGCAGAACGCCAGUGAGCCGCAGGCGGGAUCCCUCCUGAAGGCAGCCGAGAUGGCCAGCGAUCCGAUGGUGGCGGACCUCGAGAGGUGGGGGCGCGGGCCCCUCCUCUCCGGAAACGGCAGCCUCCACCGCGCGAGGGUCGCGAGCCGGCGGGGCGCCUACGACCUGACCGUUGCCGCCUUCGGCCGCCGGGAGGACCGGGAGGUCUCCAGUGCGCUCCUCGACUGGAAGGGCUGGGAGAACGAUCAGAACGCUGAGAUGUGCGGCCAGUUCUUCAAGGACACGGGCCCAGAGGCUGGCAACUUCCUCGACGUCGGCGCGAACCUCGGCACCUUCACCAUCCCGAUGGCGGACUGCCUCACUGUUGGAGGCCGGGGCGGCCGGGUGAUCGCCGUGGAGGGGAUGCCGCCCAUCGCCGACCACCUCGCAGUGGGCAUCCUGGCCAACAAUCUCCAAAACGUGGACAUGUACAUGUACGCCGUGGGCGCGCCUGACGACCCGAAGGAGGUGACCAUGACGCUCAACCCGGUCAACAAGGCCAGCUCCGCCGUCAAGGGCAACAAGCCGCUCGCCAAGAUGAGCACGGGCCAGCUGGAGGAGUACCAGGUGCCGCUCACGACGGGCGACCGUAUGCUCGCGUCCAACCCGGCGAUGAAGGCCAUCCUCGUCGCCAAGGUCGGCAUCGAGGGCCACGAGGGUCACUUCCUCGAGGGCUCUCAGCGCCUCUUCUCCCAGUACCCCCCGUGCAUCAUGACCAUCGAGCUGGUCCCGCAUCGGCUGCAGCGCGCGGGCACCCCGGUGGAGGGCAUCCUCGUCCAGCUGGCCAGCUGGGGCUACGGCGACGUCCCCACCGCCGCCCACCUCCGGGCCUCGAGCGCCCAGGGCCGGACCAGGACCCUCGCUCAGAGGGACCUCCCGGCGUGCCUGGAGCGCGUCAGGGCCCACGCCGCAGAGUCGCGGAUCCCGCCCCCCAACUUCUCGGACCCCGACGCCCUGAGCACCGCGGUGGCGCGGGAGGCCCGCGCGAAGGAGCUCGACGCCAUGCUCGUGACGCACAAGCGGCCGAGGGUCGCGUGGUGGCUGUCGGCGUGGCAGAUGGAGCCCUGCCAGCCGUUGCCGCAGCCGCUGGGCGUCGCGCAGGACGUGGCGCAGGGUGCCAGGCAGGGCGGCGGGCAGGGCGUCGCGCAGAAAGCCGGGGCUGGGGUCGUCGCGCGGCAGGCGCGCGCCGUCCUGGCCCAGGCCCCCGACACCGCCGUGAAGAAGUUCGGAGACCUCUCGAGCGGCAUCUGGGACAAGACGUCGCUCUCUGGGCCGGGCUCCCGGCCGGAGGCUUGCAGCCCGUUCGUGGACUUCUUUCUCGGAUGGAUGCGCAACCACACGGACGUCGAGUCCAUGGUCGAGAUCAGUGUGAUCACUGCCGACAAGGAGUAUCUGGCCAAGAACGGAAAGGCGGGGUUGCGCAGUAUGGUCUUCCAGCAGGGCGACAUGCUGGUGGACAAGACAUUGCCCGAGGCGGACCUCCUUUUCACCAAGGACACGCUCAUCCACUUCCCUAACAAAUGCAUAAAUCUGUUCAUCAGUCAGACGGUGGUGCAGUGCCCGCCGAAAUAUAAGUAUGUGAUGUUCGUUCACGACAUGAGAGAGCGCGACGAAGAGAACACGGACAUCAACAACUUCGGCGAUUAUCAUGGCAUGCAGUUGAGGAACAGACCCUUCGGCCUCAACGUCACGACCGCCUUCACAUGGACGGCGGAACUCGAUGGGAAGAAGCGUGUGGUCCAGGUCUUCGAUACGGAGGGGAGGGCGCCAUUGGCGGGCGCCCUCGCGGACCCGAGCGUCGAGGCGAAGGCAGCGCAGGGGGAGCACGAGGGAAGCGUGGAGCGGCCUGCCGCGGAUCUCCGGGGCCCCUUCGGCCCCGGGGCCCGGGUGCCCCGCGGGGCGGCGCGGCCGCCCUGGACGGCCCGGCCGCCGCGGGAGGCGUGCCGCCGCGCCGGGGGGGCCUCGGCGGCAAGGCGGCGGCGCCGGCGUUGGGCGGCGCGGGGGUCGCUGCGCAGGUCGACCCUUUCUCGUCUGAGGCGCGGAUGGCGCGGCGGAGGACCACCCGACGGGCAUGAAGCUCGUGUUCACAAGCGUGGUGUUCUUCAUCCUCAUUCCCGCAUGGAGAAAACACAUCCUGGCCAAGGUCCUGGUACUCAAGAGGCUGGCCGACUCCCGGAAGGGCUCCGACGAGCCUCAG